AUGGACUACAGCUCCAUCAACACCCCGCCAGCUUGUUAUGCCGACUUUUGCCUGGUGCCGGUCGGCACGGGUACUACUUCGGUCGCAGCGGAGGUCGCUGAAGUACAGAAAGUCAUAAAAGCCAGCGGACUCAAGUACACGAUGCACUCAGCCGGCACUACCCUCGAAGGCCCAUGGGACGAGGUCAUGACAGUCAUUGGCAAAGCUCACACCGUCGUCCACCAAACCGGCGCUGUCCGUGUCCAGACGAGCAUGAGGGUUGGCACGCGGACUGACAAGAAGCAGACGGCGGAAGACAAGGUCAAGAGGGUUAAAGAUCUUCUCGAGAAGUCGGAAUAG